ACUGACACUCGAUGUCGGAGUACAGCGCCCGCCCCGGUGGCUCGCUCAAGCUCAAGGGCGGCGUCACAGAUGGUGGCGUCGUGAAAAAAAAGAAGAAAAAGUCCAAGCCUGAAAAGACUGACUUGGACCGGCUUGGCGAACGGGAAUCCGUUAGGGAACGUUUUGUCCAGGAAGAUGACAAUCCUGGUUCUGCCUCAGGCAGUGGCCGUAACUCUCCAGCAGUGGUCGGAAGCAGUUCUCGCAAGACAGAUGCUGAACGACGAUUUGAAAAGGUGCAGAGGGAGCGGCUGGCCAAACGAGUCAGUAAGCUAGCGAAUAAGACGCACAAGGAUCGCGUCAACGAGUUCAAUUCCCACUUGGAAUCGCUUAGUGAACACCACGACAUUCCGAAAGUCGGGCCAGGAUAAGAUAUCCUUGGCUUGUGUUUGCGCGCUCCUGCAAUUUUUACGUGCGGUUGGGGGCGAUUUAUUGCGUAUACCAUGCAGCAGUGUAUACUUUGUAAUAUAUUUGGAACUUUUGUGUCAGUAAUGCAGUAGGGAUAAUAAAAAAGGGUAAAAGGGC